CUCAAAAAACAGCAACAAUGGAGGGUGUCUCAUACCAGAGAUUUCCAAGAAUCAAAAUCCGUGAAGUAAAAGACGACUUCAUGAAAUUCGAGUUACGCGACACUGACGCGAGUAUAGCCAACGCGCUUCGUCGUAUAAUGAUAGCUGAAGUUCCGACAAUAGCAAUAGACCUCGUUGAAAUCGAAGUGAAUUCAUCUGUCCUAAAUGACGAGUUUAUUUCACAUCGUUUAGGACUUGUACCGUUAACUAGUGAACGUGCUAUGAGUAUGAGGUUCUCACGUGACUGUGAUGCGUGUGAUGGUGAUGGACAGUGUGAAUAUUGUUCUGUUGAGUUUUAUUUGAGAGUUAAGUGUUUGAGUGACCAGACAUUGGAUGUUACUAGUAAGGAUUUGUUGAGUUCUGAUCAUACUGUUGUUCCUGUUGAUUAUACGGAUGCUUCUUCGGGUUUUGAUAAUAAUGCCACUAAUAAGGGAAUCAUAAUUGUGAAGCUACGACGUGGACAGGAGCUAAGGCUAAGAGCAAUAGCACGGAAAGGAAUUGGCAAAGAUCACGCGAAAUGGUCGCCUGCAGCAACUGUGACUUUCAUGUAUGAACCAGAGAUCUACAUCAAUGAGGACAUGAUGGAGACCUUGUCUCUCCAGGAGAAAACAGAAUUAGUUGACAGUAGUCCAACAAAAGUCUUUGGCAUUGACCCUGACAGCAAACAGGUUAUUCUGGUUGAACCCGAGGCUUAUACUUAUGAUGAUGAGGUGCUCAAAAAGGCUGAAGCCAUGGGAAAACCUGGACUUGUAGAGAUACAUGCCAAGGAAGAUAGUUUUAUUUUCACCGUUGAGACGACUGGCGCAGUUAAAGCUUCACAAUUGGUGCUCAAUGCAAUAGAAGUUCUGAAGCAGAAGUUGGAUGCAGUACGCCUGUCAGAUGACACCGUGGAAGCAGAUGAUCAGUUUGGAGAGUUGGGUGCACAUAUGCGCGGAGGUUAAACCCUCAUUGGUUGAAAUGGAACUUCUUCACUGGUUAAAAACUGCUGAAACUGUUAAUGUUUAAUAUAGUUCUUGUAAGAAGACAUCCUUGAACUACUUACCCAUUUUCCCUUUAGGACUUACCUCGACUGUUGAUGGAAAUGUAGGAUACUAUGUCUGUUUGUUAAAAGUGUAUGGUCUUUUCCAUCAUCCUGUACUAAACUUUUGUUGGAUUUCUUCCCUUGGUGGAUCGUCAAUCCCCAGCUAUGUACUGACUAUAUGUGUUUGUUGCUAA